GGGGAUUCCCAUGUCUAAAUUUAGCACGGUUAUGGAACUAACGAAGAGCAGUUAAAAUAAUGGCUCUUCAGAAAAUGUCCGAGUCAGUGUAUGUGGGGAUGUGUCACAAGAUAGGGACCCCACAACAGGUGGCAGCCAGGAGAGAUAUAACGGAUAUCAUGGAGCUGUUCAAGAAUCAAUAUGAUGUGGGGAGAUUAAUGAUGAGUGGAAGUAGGAGAGAAGGAUUUAGAUUACGUGAUUCAGACAUAGACACUAUGCUCUGGCUCAAUGACCACAAAGUGAUCUGGGACUUCUCUCAGUCUGAGUUUUACAACAUACACAGACAGGCACUGAUUCUCUGUGACAGUUCUGAGAGUCCAGCAGGAUUUACGUUACUUUGGUUACCAUUGGAAAGAGCUGCACAGAUAGUGUUGUCAUCGUGUGUGGAAAUGAAUGGGGGACUCUAUAUAUCAAGUCUUAAAUUCAGAGAGACUAUGUGUACAUCUACUCCUGAUCGGAGAGUACACGGACCGUGUGCCACCGGGACAUUGGGUAUAGAAGAAUACGGUAAAAUUGAUCACGAUGUUGCUUAUUGUUUUGUCAGUGAUUUUUGGCCCCCCUCUGCCGCCUCAUGGAUAGACAGAUGUCACUCAUGGCCCCUACCUUAUGUUGUCAAUGACAUUGUAAGAAAUGGAUGUCACUUUGUAGCAAUAGGACACAAACUAGGAAACCAUGAAGACGAAGAAUGGAGAAUUUCUUUCUCUCAGGCAGAGUACAAACUUGUGUAUUCAAUGAAUCACACGCAAUUCUUAACUUACGGUUUGUUGAAAAUGUUCUUAAAGGAAAUAAUUAACAACGGAUUAGGAGAUGAGGAUAAACUACUGUGUUCCUACCACAUGAAAACGGUCAUAUUUUGGGCCAUUCAAAAUAACAUACUACCACACUGGUGUCCACAAAGUCUCCUGGCCGGUUUCUGGGUCUGCUUCAAGCUUCUCCUUAAAUGGGUGUAUGAAGGAUUCUGUCCAAACUUUUUCAUUCCAGAAAACAACAUGUUUCUGAGCAAAAUCCAUGGCCAAGCACAAACAUGUUUAUUCAGGCGACUGUAUGGGUUGUAUGAGAAGGGUAUAGCAUUCCUACUACACAGUCCCUCCAUCAGGUCCUCUAUCAUUGAUGUCCUCUGUAAUCCCAGACUCACAGUGUGUACUGAUGAACACACUCUGAUCUCUGAGGCUGAGUUUGAUGUAGAAUUAUUAGGUGAGAUAUAUAGUAAUGAGACACAACAGACAUCAGACCUACAGCGCUGUAUGAAGAUCCUACACACAGUAGAACAGUUGAUAGGUUCUCCCCUGUCACAGUAUCAAGUUGUAAAUUUACGGAAAUAUACAGCCACCCUCCUUCAGUGCACUGCUUAUAUAUUACACAACAUGUACACUAACAUAGGUGUCAAUAAACAGGUGUAUAUUGUAGACAAAAUUUCCUGUCACAUGCUGAAAUUAGCGGCAAAGUUUGGGUGUAUUUCUGACAUGUUGUACAUUGCCAUGUAUUAUUACAAGACACUCAGAUACAGGGAAGCUUUAUCUAUUAUAGAGAUGACAAAGGUCAAGUUAGCACAGCCAUAUCUGAUGUAUAUGGAUUAUGUAGACAGAGAGAGAUAUACUGCGGCUUUAGGGGGGCAGUCCUUGUCUACAAAGAUCAGACAGGCUGUAGCAGUGAAUAUCAUACUUGACAAUAAAAUAUGCUAUAUCAGUGAACUAUUACCAGAACAACAAUCUAGUAGACAAAACAGAUGGCCUAAUAUAUUGUUUAUUCCACCGUUUGUACUGUUACACAUGCUCGAGUUUUUGAGCUCCCGACGUGUUAACAUAAUGAAAGCCCAAACAGCUUUAGAUGAUCUACAGGUCCUAGUCAACGAUGUUCAAGGACUGUAUACAGGUGAUGUAUGCAGAGACAUCUCCUGGGAGAUCCUGGGGAUCUGUCAACAGAUCACAGGGAACCUCCAGGCUGCCCUAUACUCAUAUCAACAGUCUCUCGCACAAUUCCCAUUCCAUAAAUUACAAACUGCUACCGCACAAAGAAUUUAUGAUUUACAUAUGCCUACAGCAGCAAUUUAAAAUUAAAUUAAUAGCAGGCCGUGAGAAGUCUCACAAUGCAAUUAAAAGUGUGUGUAAAUAUUUCAAUGAUUGCUAAUCAAAUUUUGAAAAAUUAUGAAUUUUGUUUUUAUACCCUUUAUAAACGGUAAAUACUGUAUGCAUGUAUUUGUCUCAAUCAGAAGUGCUGAGAGAGAGAGAGAGAGAGAGAGAGAGAGAGAGAGAGAGAGAGAGAGAGAAAGAGAGAGAGAG